GAUGUGCCUGUGGCGUUGCAAGAUGGCGGCGCCCGACUCUGGUUCUUCCUCCGUCCAGCCCGGCAGCCAGUAUUGCCUGGUCAGCGGCGUUCCGGCCCAGCUUCGCUCCGUCGAUCUCCGCUCCUAUUUCAGUCAGUCCAUCGAGGCAGACGCUUUCCUCUGUUUCCAUUACCGGCACCGCCCCGAGCGCAGAGAUCCGGGGUCGGUCGCCCCUUCGCAGCCAGGCUCGAGCUGCUGUUGCCUGGUGAUGGUGCGGCCCGGUUGGUCCCUCCGCCUGGUCCGUAUGUACUCGGGCAAACGGUGGAUCGAUAAGAAGGGAGAGAUGCUACCCGGGCGGUGCAUUAUCCGAAGAGUUCGGGUUUCCCCUGAUAGAGAUGUUGCCGCAUUUCCCUAUAAAACCAAAACGGAGCUCAACAGAGCAUCGAAUGAAACUUUCACCCAGGAUGACUUAAGACAACUACCUGAACUGAACCCUCCUCCAUUCAUGCCCUGUGGGAAUGUGGGAACUCCUUUGAGCAUUUUCUUGGAUCUCAUCAAAGCCUGCCGGAUGCCUACCCGUGCGAUCAGGAAACUGCAGUUGCAGUUCCUCAGGACUGGUUCUUCUCGCAGGUAUGGAAGUGUACCGUUCACAUAUGAAGAAACUGAGACUAUUGUUGAAGAGGAGCAAGUUUACACUGCUACAGGAGAGGAGAUAACAGAAGGGGAGCACUUGCCAGGAGUGGGAAUAGCUAACCAAGUCAAUGACACAGAAGAGAGAGACUGGGGAGAUCCAGAGAAGGAAGUAGCAGAAGAAUCUCAAUUGGACGACGAUGACGACGAUAGGUGUGAAGAGUGGGAGCGCCACGAAGCCUUGCACGAGGAUGUCACCAGCCAGGAGCGCACAAAGGAACGUUUGUACGAGGAAGAGAUUGAACUGAAGUGGGAGAAGGGAGGCUCUGGGUUGGUCUUCUACACGGACGCACAGUACUGGCACGAAGAAGAAGAAAGAGAUUUUGAUGAGCAGACAGCAGACGACUGGGAUGUGGACAUGAGCAUCUACUAUGACAAAGAUGGUGGUGACAAGGACGCUCGGGAUUUGGUCCAGAUGCGGUUUGAACAGAGACUCCGGGACGGAUUGGAAGAUGGGUCUGUUCUGGGCCAACAGAUUGGGAACUUUGAAAAAUAUACCAAGGGUAUCGGCAGGAAAGUGAUGGAGAAGCAGGGCUGGUCUGAGGGCCUCGGCCUGGGAAGCAGCAAUUCUGGAAUGGCUGAAGCACUAGACAAUGAGGGCCAGAACCCCAAAUGCAAGAGGGGCUUUGGCUACCACGGUGAGAAGCUCCAGACUUUCACCAAACGCAAGAAACCUCGCGGGGACGGCACCACCCUGAUCUCCACCGUCUACGAUGACCCCCGUCCCGACGACACAGACCAGCAACUGCUCCGGCGUCAGCUGCCAACCAGCAUGAAGUACCGGCCAGAUGUGCCCUUUGUCCAGGCCACCCGCGGUGUUCAUCAGAGCCCCAGUUCCUCCUGAGCGGCUGGCCAGCCAGGAGAAACUCUCGGACAACGUUUACUUUUGCAACGGCAGACAUUUUUCUUACUGGCGAAUCGUUCCAGCAUUUAUUUGUUUUAAUGAACAGAAAAUGAGUUACUGUAGCCCAAGUCGGAGCAAAAUGUUAAUUACUUUUAUUUAAAAUCUUGACAAACAGA